GGCCCCAGGCUGGGGCAGGCCCACGGAGAGCAGACCCUGACGGUCAUUAGGAGCUGUCAGUUUGCUGGGAUGGGGAGUGCUGAUAAAUUUCAGAUAGUGUCAAUUGCAGAUGAAAGAUGUGCUGAAGAUGCUAGGGGUGUCACGCUUGACUUGUCCAUCCUCAACAAGUCCCAUCUCCCUUCCAGCGGCAAGCUACCUCCAGCAGGAAAGCAAGCACCCACCCCUCUGCUGCCCCCUCGUCCUGAUAUCCCCCAACCCCUCACCCCUCACUGCCUACCUUCACUCCUUCACCCCCAUAACUCCCCAAACCACCACCACCACCCCUUCCUGCUUACCUUGGCUAAGCAGCUUUGCAUGUUGAUUGGGGGAGGGCUAAUCCAGUUUGCAGCUGUCGUAGACCAAUGAUGAAUCACCUUUCCGUCAUUUGGCUGUGCUCCCCUUGCUCGGGGAGGAGGGAGGACCUGGCGGAGGAAACAACAGUGGAACAGGGCUGCGGCUCGGAGAGACAAUGCGCGCCUCUGUUCCCCUGCUAGCCCCCUCUUCCCAUUCUGCUCCAGAAUAACAAUAAUGUUUUCUCAGACGAGCCUUUUUGUGUCAGGGAUGGCUCUGGACUGUGACAUAGAGCUGCGAUAACAAGGAGUGACAUUGUUUCUGCUGCAGCAGGUGGAGGCGGAAUAAAGGAAAGAGAGUGUGGUGGGGUUUUUUUUUUUUUUUGCGAGGACUCAGAGACACCUAGGUCCAGGUCUAUGGAAAUGCAGGAUCUAGCCAGUCCUCACAGCCGAGUAAGUGGAAGCAGUGAAUCUCCUAAUGGUCCCAACCUCGACAACUCACACAUCAAUAACAAUUCCAUGACACCCAAUGGCACUGAAGGUGAUAACAUCACAAUGCUUACCACUGCAGACUGGUUGUUAGGUUCUAACUCACAGUCCGCUGCAGUUAAAACCGAGCCAAUGAGCAGCAGUGAAAUCGUCACCUCAGUAGCAGACACUUCUCUAGACAGCUUCUCAGGAUCAGCUAUUGGAAGCAGUGGCUUCAGCCCAAGACAAACUCACCAGUUCUCUCCACAGAUUUAUCCUUCCAACAGAACAUAUCCGCAUAUUCUUCCUACCCCUUCAUCCCAAAAUAUGGCUGCAUAUGGGCAGACGCAGUACACCACAGGAAUGCAGCAGGCCGCAGCUUAUGCGAGCUACCCCCAGCCUGGCCAGCCGUAUGGCAUCCCAGCUUAUGGUCCAUUGUGGGCAGGCAUAAAGACAGAGGGGGGUCUGAGCCAGUCCCAGUCCCCGGGACAGACGGGCUUCCUCGGCUAUGGCUCUGGAUUCACCACGCCACAGACAGGGCAGGCCCCCUACAGCUACCAGAUGCAGGGUGGAACUUUCACAACAACGUCAGGACUGUACGCGGGAAACAACUCCCUGACAAACUCAAAUGGAUUCAACAGCACACAACAGGAUUACCCGAGUUAUCCAGCCUUCGGCCAGGGCCAGUACGCUCAGUAUUACAACAGUUCGCCCUACACUUCCCCUUACAUGACAAGUAACAACACCAGUCCGAGCACACCGUCCACCACCACCACCACCUACACCCUCCAGGAACCACCGACCGCCGUCACGAGCCAGGCCCUCACAGACAACUCAGCAGCAGAGUACAGUACCAUCCACAGUCCAUCAACCCCCAUUAAAGAUUCAGAUUCGGAUCGAUUGCGCCGGGCCUCGGAUGGAAAGUCACGUGGCCGGGGAAGAAGGAACAACAACCCAUCACCGCCUCCCGACUCUGACCUUGAGCGAGUUUUCAUCUGGGACCUGGAUGAAACCAUCAUCGUUUUCCAUUCCUUGCUCACGGGUUCUUAUGCCAACAGAUACGGACGGGACCCACCCACAUCUGUAUCACUAGGCCUGAGGAUGGAGGAAAUGAUCUUCAACUUGGCCGACACACACUUAUUCUUCAACGACUUAGAGGAAUGUGACCAGGUACACAUCGACGACGUGUCCUCCGACGACAAUGGCCAGGAUCUGAGCACGUACAACUUCGGCGCCGACGGCUUCCACGCAGCGGCGACCAGUGCCAACCUGUGUCUGGCCACAGGGGUGCGAGGGGGCGUGGACUGGAUGAGGAAACUGGCCUUCCGCUACAGACGAGUAAAAGAAAUCUACACCACCUACAAAAAUAACGUUGGAGGUCUGCUGGGACCAGCCAAAAGGGAAGCCUGGUUGCAAUUGCGAGCAGAAAUUGAAGCCUUGACGGACUCCUGGUUAACACUGGCACUGAAAGCACUAACAUUAAUCCACUCAAGGUCAAACUGUGUGAAUAUCUUGGUGACCACCACGCAGCUCAUCCCUGCCCUGGCUAAGGUCUUGCUCUAUGGCUUGGGAAUUGUCUUCCCCAUCGAGAAUAUUUAUAGCGCAACCAAAAUAGGGAAGGAGAGCUGCUUUGAGAGAGUAAUUCAGAGGUUCGGGAGGAAAGUUGUUUACAUUGUUGUUGGAGAUGGCGUGGAAGAGGAGCAAGGCUCCAAAAAGCACAACAUGCCCUUUUGGAGGAUCUCCAGCCAUUCAGACCUCAUGGCCCUCCACCACGCUCUCGACCUGGAGUACUUGUAGCACUGCACCAACAAUCGUACACCCUGCUCCACCUCAGCACACCCUGCAACCUUUCACCUUCGCCCUCCAGCCCCAUCCCCAUGCUUUGCCGCAGACUCCACAGCUCAGAAAAAAAAAGAAGCCCCCCCCCCCCUGCGCUGCCUGGCGUCUGUCUUCCACUUCACAGGAAGGAAAGGAGAAGGUGAAUGGAAAAAAGAAAAAAGAAAAAAAGAAGGCUGAGCACACGGUUAAUGUGCUGACAUACGGUCACACUUCGUCUUAACCCUAAACUUUUUUUUUCUGGAAGCGAAGGAGAGGGAGAGAAAGAGAGUGUGAGAGAGAGAGAGAGAGAGAGAGAGAGAGAGAGAGAGGUGAAUUUACGGCGCUGCAGCUGCUUGCCCUGGUUACUGUGAAUUGGCUGCUUUCUGAAGCUGUCAAAGUGUUUUACGGCCUCCUGUUUGUGCCGGGACUCUGUCAGGGUUCACACCUGUGAGGAGAGCAGAGCUACUGAUGGCCUCGCUGCCUCGCCUCGCCUCACCUCGCCACAGAACUCAGCUACAGUAAAAACCACAGGCCCUUGACUACUGGUGGUGACAUUUCUCCGCACCCCCCCCCCCUUCUUUUUAAAACCUCUGCUCGUCACCUCCCGUCUCUUUCCCGUUCCCUUAUCUGUCACCUACUUUUUAUCCUCCGCUCUGUCAUGGGACAGACAGACAAAGCGACUGCUCCUCUGUUAACUGUCGUCCCGGGGCGUCCCGGGGCGUCCCGGGCUUCUUAUUUAUGAACGGAGACUUUGUGAGCGGCGCCGUGCCGCUGAGAAGGCACCUCGACGAUGAAAAGACUUGUGCCUUUUUACAAAGUACUAUUCAUUUCCGCCGCAGCGAGAGGAAGACAUUUAUGGAAGAAACAAGAGAGGGGGUUUUCUAAUAAUUUAAGAAAAUGACAAAAAACUUUAUUUACAAUGCUGAGACAAUCGUGUACAGAGGAAAUCUUUUCUUUUUUUUGUGUGUGUGUAAGUUUGUAAUCACUGGACUAUUCCUUCCUAUAUUCAUUUAGGUACAUGCUCUUGAAAGGCGGCAAUGCUUCUUCAUGGAAGUGAAAUAAAAGAUUAAAAAAAAAAGGCGUCCCAUCGCACAUGAGCUUGUGCGGCGACGCCCGGAAGUGUUGAUGUGUUAACGUUUUGUUCAGUAAACAAAUGUGUAGAUAAUGGGAUUUUGUGAUAAAAGAGUUUUUGUUUUGUUUUGUCAAGACCAAAAGCAUGGAUGUCAAGUGUCAAUGACUCUUCAUCUGACUCUGUGAUGUGUCUCAUCCUUACUGGAAACUAUCAGUCACAGCUUGAAAUAGCAGAACAGGUCGACCUCCUCAACUCCAAGUCCUUUUUAGACAAAAUUUCACAGGGAAAGAAAUAUUUAUGUUUUCUUGUAGUUAUUCAGAAAGGUAGCUCACAACUUGUGUCCUCGCGGCAUUUCACCAGCUUGCAGCCCUGACCCCCAUGUAUUUGAACGCAAACUUAACUUUUUUUGAAAACGGCACGUGGCAGUUUUGCUGCCGCCCGCCGGAGCCGUUUACGACGGGAAAAUUUGAAUAAAUCUCAUAUUUAAAUAAGCAGGCUUGAAUAGGUUUUAUUAUCUUUUAUACAAGCGUUAUGAAAACUCUUGUACAGCAAGCGUAAUUUUGUAUGAUGUAGUGUUUUUAUUUCGACGUUGAAAAUACAUUCUGUGUCCCUGUGUGUGUUUUUUUUUUUGAAGUCGCUGAACUACAUGAAGUGCUUUCCAUAGCGCUUUUACAUCUGUGGAUGGGGAAACCAUAAUUAACGUUUAGAGAAAAGCCACUAACUUCGAGGGGUUUGUGAACAUACAGGACAUGUGCUAUCGACUGUGAAUUUCUUAAGCAGAAACCGACUCGUGUUUCUAAUUUUUUUCCUCCUUUGCACAUGGUCACUGCUGGCCUUUACAUUUCAAUUUGGAUCCCUCUCUGUUUCUCUCUUCUCCCUUACACCCCCACCUCCCCCAUCUACUCAAAACAACUUCUCCCCCCUGUGCUGCAGGGUAUCUACAUAUUGCUGCUAGAUCAAGGUAAUGGUAGGUAAAUAGAGGAAAUGUUUUAUAGAUUCAUACAGUACGCUUUUUUUUUUUUUUUUUUUUAAUUAUGUUGCAAUCAUAAAUGCAAACUGGAAAUACUUUACACUACAUGGGCCUCAUUGUGAAACGCAAAAGAUUGUUGUGUCUGCAAAAUAUGUGUACAGAUGUUUUUUUUGACAUUAUUAUUUGAUUGUGUUUAAAUUAAUAAAACUGAUUUGUGAACUGUUGAA